AACAUUUCUGAAGAAGCGAAACCGGAUGCCCAGCCAACACGGAAUUUCUUAGUGGCAGACUGGCGGAGGUUGGCGCGAACAAUUUUCUGAUUUGGGGGAAGUUGUUGCGAAAGAUAAUACACGAACACCUGCAGGAUGGGUACCGAUCAACAUGGCAAGAAAGUCCAAUGCGUACUUUGUCUAACGUCCGAGGAAAAUCGGACAACUGGACCGUUAUCAACGAAAGGUUCUAUCACCGCUCAUCAGAACUGUUUGCUGUAUUCAUCAGGGAUUAUUUGCCAGAAUUCGCCAGAGUUUGACGACUUGUUUGGUUUCUCUGUGGAAGACGUCCUUAACGAGUUGAAAAGGGGAAACAGACUGAUUUGUUACAGAUGUAAGAAGAAGGGUGCUACGGUGGGAUGUGAGGUGAAGCGCUGUAAGAAGUCCUACCACUACCCCUGCGCUGUGCGAGAUGGGGCCCAAAACGUCGAUGACCACACAGAAGAGAAGUUUACGUUGUACUGUCUGAAGCAUAAUCUGCCAAUAGCAGCAACCAAUGAAACAGUGAGUAGAGCUUUGUCUACCAACGGUGAUACAGACACAACGAUGAACAACAAUGGAGAAACGUCACCCAAGAGGAAAGAGGAAAGCUUCAGUCUAGACCACGUCAACAGUGGCAUUGUCAAGUCGUAUUGUAAAAAGCAUAAACCACAGUCGUUGCAGAAAGAGCUGAAAGGACUUGAUGCAGUGGCAGGACCCUCAUCUUACCAUAGUGACUCCAACAUGUCUAGUAAACGACGGCAGAAACAAACACCCAAGAGACGGUUGAGCUGCUCUAGCACACCAGAAGUGAAAUCAUCAAAAAAGUCCAGAAAGUGGAGCAAGAGUAUUCAGAACGAUUUCUCAAACUCAGACGGAGUUGUGAAUGGAAUUGACAUGGAGUUAGCCCCUUUGGAGUCUGAUCUAGAAGACAGUGUGUUCUCUGAACACAGAAAUCAUGCUGAGGCUCUCACCAGAGGAUGUCAGCCAGAACCUGAACACAGAGACGAUAGCGAUGGGGACCAUACAGUCAUAGACUCAGAUGCUGAGUCUCAGAGUCUGUUGCUGCAUGUGGUGUCUGAAGAACCCUCUCAGGACACAAACCUCUCAGUGUGCAGUUCUCAGCCGUGUUCUGUGGCUAGACCUGGUUCACCUGUCCUCUCUGGUCGACAGGGCAGCUCUCUCACACUUGGUCCCAUCUCAUCUGUCCACUCUGGUCCACUCAAUGUCACCAACACACCUACUCGUACCAGUCCACCAGUCUCACCUGUCCCGCCUGAUUGCUGUUUCACCCCUGUGUCCUCUCCACACUCUGUAUCCAAUCAUCCCCUGGCUGGGCCCGGAGGCCCGGGUUCACCUAUUGGUUCUGGCUCUGACUCUGCAGCCAGCAGAGUGUUCUGGAGAAGGUGUAACGAAGCAGGCUGUACACAGUCCAUCUUCACCACCUUCUUCUCUGACAUGGUCAGCAUCUCCAAUAGGAUCCUGUCGGAUAAGGCCAGUCAGGAGGAUUAUGAUCUCUCCCUGAGAGUGAUGGAGGCUUCUGGAAAAUUAUCACAGAUGCUCUCAGAGCAAGAGAGAGAGUUUAAGAAGAAGCAAAUGGAGUUACAGAGAGCUACGGAAGCCAUAAGGGAUGCCAGGUCAGCCCUGAAGAGAUAAGCAGCCCUGCCAGAUCAACUACAACCCCCAUAAUCCACCUUCCCUCAUUCAGUUCAUUGGCAUCACAAGAUUUUAUGGGGUGCAUUAUGCAGCCAUAUUGAGAAUUUGAUUUCACAAUAGUUCUCACGUAGAUCCACUUUCUUACCUUGUCAAUAUUAUACUCCCCCCCCCAAAAAAAGUACUGUUGUUGUUUAUACUGUAUGUUCAAACUCCGAGAACCAAUUAUGAAACAAGAGGCUGCCAUUUUGCUUGCCAGUAACAAUCCGUUUUACCUUUAAACAAUAUAUAUUUUUAUAUAAAUAUAUAUUUCUAUGAAUAGAUCCCAAAAAGUGUUGCUAUUGUGUUGAUAGCAAGUAUACAAAACAUUAAGAACACCUUCUCUUUCCAUGCCAUAGACUGACCAGGUGAAUCCAGGUGAAAGCUAUAAUCCCUUAUUGAUGUCACUUGUUAAAUCCACUUCAAUCAGUGUAGAUGAAGAGGAGGAGACAGGUUAAAGAAGGAUGUUUUCGCCUUGUGACAUGGCUUGUGUAUGUGUGCCAUUCAGAGGGUGAAUGGACAUGGCAAACGAUUUAAGUGCCUUUAAACGGGUAACCACCCAAAUGACAGCCAGCCAAUCAUACUGGUUUGUGUCAAGAACUGCAACAUUGCUGGGUUUUUCACACUCAAAACACUUUCCCGUGUGUAUCAAGAAUGGUCAACCACCCAAAGGACAGCCAGCUUGACACUACUAUGGAGUCAACAUGGGCCCACAUCCCUGUGAAACUCUUCCGACACCUUGUAGAGUCCAUGCCCUGAUGAAUUGAGGCUGUUCUGAGAGCAAAAGGGGGUGCAACUCAAUAUUGUGUUCCAAAUGUUUAGUAUAUUUGUAUGUGAAAUUGUUGCAUUGCGUAGUACCUCAAAGUAUUCAUUUCAAUCAUUUUUAUAUCCCGGACUGAAAUGUUUAACAUCUUCUGUACCUAGAACUUCUUAUCUACAUGAUUAGGGUUUAGGGUUAUUCCUAAAUCCUAUGGGUAGGAACAACUUGCAUGUGUCUAAUUGCUCAGCCACUUCUUUUAACCGCACUGUUACAUGUUUGCACACUUUUUAUUCAUUCAGUAAUAAAUUAAGAACCAAACUGG